UAUGAUUUUGUUGUUAAUGGUAAUAUUGAAUAUACAAAUUGUAUUUUUUCUUACCUAUAUUUUAAAGUGUGAUUAAUAAGUGCGUACAUAUUAAUGUGUAAUCCAAUUUCUGUUCUAUAAAAAUUGUGGUACCUACUGCUAUUAUUUCAACUAUUCACCGCCCAGCACCAGCAGAUACCAACACACGCAUGCAGACACACAUAGUGUAUUCGAUUUCAACAGUGGUUGACAUAACGUGAUCGUGAUGACAUCUCUGGUGGUGACGGCGACUACUUCAGUGGAGGCGGCAGAGUCGUCGACUGCGAGAACGACGGAGAUGGUGGUGGCAGCGGCGGCAUCAACGGCUGAGGUAAUUGCGGUGCCGCCGUCGUUUGUGUCGGCGGCUUCCAUUUUGCCACUGGAGCCUGAGACCACCGAGAUCGUUGCCAUCUCCCAGCAGAUCCGUCGUGCUCUGGAAUGUCCAAUAUGUCUGACCAUGAUGUCUGUCAUGUCGUGCUUCUGCCCCAAUGGGCAUGCCAUCUGCCAGUCGUGCAUGCAGACGCUGUUAAACACCAGCAUUACCAACACCCUGUGCCCGCUGUGCCGGACGUCGAUAGCGCAGUCCACGAGCAUGUCGGCCAUGGUCAUCAAACUGGCUGAGGCGACCACGGUGGUGAAGGUGGCGUGCUCAAACUGGUCGUUCGGGUGCCCCGAUCUGGUUCCCGUUCAACACGUCAACGAACACGAGUCCGUGUGUCGGUACGUGCCAGAUGUGCCGUGUCUGGUACAUGUGUGUCAGUGGGUCGGCAUGUACGAACAGCUGUACGAACACGUGUUCAACGUGCACCCCGGUGUCACCGUUGAGUCUUCGACAAACCUGCUGAACGUGACCGACCUCCAAACAAUUACAAGGAACCAGCGCCGGACGUACCUGGUCCGUUCGGCGUACGGCAUGAUGUGGGUGCUGGUGUCACGACAGACGCGGUCGCGGAUACAGACGGGACUGUUCAUGGUGAAGAGCCCACAGGACUCGAUAUCGAACCUCGACCAAUAUCGAGCUAACCCACGACCACCGGAAUUAUUGUACCGGGUCACGUGGUUCGACGGCAACGACCGGACCCGGACCAAGAGCAGGACGAAGCAGGUUUUCUGGAGUACGGUCCUAAAGGAGGGCUGCCACACCGCGGUCUUUCCCAACGCAUACUCCAUGUUUCGGUCUAGGUCCGGUCGCAUGGAAAUCAGUUGGUUCCGUCCGUACGAUAGCAACAGCCAGGUCCGAAACCAUCCCAUCACUUAAACCGCAUGCAAAAAAAGUCAUGGUGAUGAUGUACCUAACAAUAAUUCGACCACCGAAAAUCA